AUUUGCGCUAUCAACAAAAAAAGAGAACAUUUUAAAAUGUGUUAACAGUACAUUUUCUGGGUCUGGAAAGCGGAAGACUUUGAAGUGUUCUGAACUUCCUAAAAUGGAAAAAGCGCUUUACCGUUGGUUUCUUAAACAGCGACAAAAAAAUUACCCUGUCAAUGGAUUGAUAGUUAAAGAAAAAGCUAAAUUUUUUCAUUCAAUAAUUAAAGAAACUCAAAGCGAUUUUAAUGCGAGUGAUGGAUGGUUGCAACGCUUUAAGAAGCGUUAUGGUCAGGAAAUUUUUAAAAGAUCAAGGAUUGCCCAAUAAAGCUCUGCUGUUGAUAGACAAUGCUCCAUCUCAUCCUCCCGAAAAUGAAUUGAGAUCAGAUGACGAGUUAAUAACUGCAAUGUUUAUGCCACCUAAUGUCACUCCACUCAUACAGCCAAUGGAUCAAAAUGCCAUACGACUAACAAAGCUUUUCUACAGAAACAGUCUUUUGGCAUCAAUUGUAGCCACAGGGACUGAUGUUAUUGAAGCCCUAAAGAAAUUGACGUUAAGAGACGUUAUUGGCUAUUUAGAUUUAGCUUGGCAACGUCUUGAAAAGAAAACAAUAGCAAAAUGCUGGACGAACAUUUUAAGCUCUAUAGAAGAUGAAAAAGACUGUGAUGAGGAUAUUCCAUUAGCUACUUUGAGAGAAAGGAUUUGUUUACCAAUUAACAGCCAACAAGAACGCGCAAUAGAACUGCUUCAUUCAAUUAAUCCAGAGGUUAGUUUUUCAAUUGCUGAUAUCAAUGAAUGGACUGAAGAUUUUCCUAACUCAACCGAAACGAACGAGGUUUUAAUUAGUGAUGAAAGUGAAAGCGAGGAUAGUAAUCUGGAAAGACUACAUGCAAGAAUAGAGGCGGAAGAUGAAAAUAUAAGUCCAACAGAUAUCAGCAGAGUACAGAAAGCCACAGUGAGCAAGCAGCAACACAGAGAAUGGAAACGAGUUUUAGCACAAACGCGCCGACAUUUGCCGCAAGUGUUGCACGCUUAUCCUCACCCCGUCAACAAUAGUGCACAUCAACACUAUUCAAACGCUCAACUUCACACCAGUUUUACGCUUGCAACGCGCUUGAAUGCCAAACCAUUUACGCUUCACUUGCAACGCGCCAUUGGAAUGCCGUUAUGCGAGACGCAGGAGCCACGGCAGCAACAGCCGCUGCUGAGGCCGAGGCCGACAAACAAACAAGUGGAAGUUAUAAAUGCGCCGUCAACAGCGCUGCCUAUGGAAUUAAUAUCAAUUAACUCGGUACGAUCAAGUUUGUCUCAAGUCAUCAAGUUUAUUAGAUACUUCGAAAAUACGGAUGAAAUGCUAGAUUACCUAGAGAGUUUACAGAGUGACGAUGAAGAUAUUGAUAAAGUGUACCUAGAGCCGCCCGAUGAAGGUCAGGUGUCCGAUGAAGAUUCAGGUGAAGAAGACUGCGGCGGCACCAUCGAUUGCAAGCGCCAUGUGAAUUAG